UCAGAUCGCAGCAGGAACGGAAGCCGGAAGAGGACCUUCUUCCUCAGUAACCGCGGUGCACCACCUCCGUCACUCCGGGUGAAACGUGUCCAGCAGCUCGUUUGUCUUCCUGAGUCCAAGUUCCAGCUAAAGUACGAAGAGUUCCCUGAUUCAGGCAGUGACACGUCCACACUGUCUUCUUAAAUACAGCUUCUACUGAUGCUGACUGGAAGAAAUCUCACUCGGACAUUUUCAUCGCUCUCGUACGUGAGACUUUGUGCCAGCCGGAGCUUGAUCUCAUCCUCUGCUCUCUGCUCUUCUGCCUCAACAGUUUCGUCCAUCCGUCCAUCUCUCCCUUCACCUUCUCACAGUCACAGCUUCCUGACAAACCGACAAACCUUGGUUCCCCUGCACCCAUUUUUGGCCUGCCUCUGUCACUCGACUCCCUGUUCAGGCCUGAUGGAGCUAAAAGAGGUUCUGCAGGUGCUGGAGCAGCUCGCUCCUCUGUCACUGGCUGAGUCAUGGGACAACGUCGGCCUGUUGGUCGAGCCAAGUAAACCUCGGCCUGUUAAAACUGUCCUGCUAACCAAUGACCUCACAGAACCUGUCAUGGAAGAAGCAGAGGCCAUGAGCUGCGAUCUCAUAAUCUCAUAUCACCCUCCGUUGUUUCGGCCAAUCAAGCGUCUAGUUCAGAAAGACUGGAAGCAGAGGUUGGCCUUGCGAGCGGUGGAGGCCGGGAUAGCGAUCUUCUCCCCUCACACUUCAUGGGAUAGCGUUAAAGGAGGGGUGAACGACUGGCUGGUCGGGGGACUUGGUAGCGGCCAAGUGUCCGUGCUGAGUCAGGCCCUCGGUGGCGCCUCCCACAGUCACAAACUGGAAUUCAUGGUCAGGAGCACAGAGGAACUAAGCACCGUCAUGGAGGAACUGAAGGCUUGUGAUGGUGGAACUGCACUACAGUAUUCAAUUAACAGACCAGAAAACAGUGGGAUCCAUGUAAGUGUAACCUGCAGCGAGUCAGCGCUGACCCUCAGUGUCCACACUCUGUCAAAACACACAACUCCCAGCCACUCCCUGAGCAUCCUGAAGUUAGAGAAGCCUCCUCUUCCAGGCCAUGGCCAAGGGCGACUCAGUAUUUUGAACCAGCCAGUAACCGUGGCAACAGCCAUCCAGAAAAUGAAGUCUCACCUGGGUUUGAAUCACCUCCGUUUGGCUUUAGGAUCAGGGCGGACACUAGAGUCCUCUGUGUGCACUGUGGCUGUGUGUGCUGGAUCAGGAGCCUCAGUGCUGAAUGGGGUCAAAGCAGACCUUCAUAUCACAGGUGAGAUGUCCCACCACGAGGUGCUGGACGCUGUGGCGAAUGGAACCAGCGUCAUCCUCAGUGAUCACAGCAACAGCGAGCGAGGUUUCCUGGCUGUGUUCAGGGAGAAGCUGGCUGUGCGUCUUCCUGACAGCGUCACGGUGGUGGUGUCAAAAGCCGACAGAGAUCCCCUGGAGGUGGUCUGACCACAUCUUAAACAUCUGUCGGGUAAAUUGGAAAUAUUCUGAUCAGAGUCAGCGCUUUCUGACAGAGGCAGAUAGAAUGUGUGUGAUAAAAGCUUUGCUCUUUAUGUGAAGUUGGUCUCUCCGUAAAAAAACUGUGCCUCAUUUAAUGAUGAAAAGUGCUUCCUUGUUACAUGUAGUUUGUCAUGUAUUUAUAGGAGGGUCUUAAUAAAAUGGGCCCUGGUUGAUCAAAAAGAUGGAUUGAAGCUUGUAAUCUGAAUACAUGUGGUUUAUACGUACAGUGGAUUAAUUCGCACAUUGUUUUAAUCACGAUAAUCUGUGACAUCAAGUGUGCCCUUCACCGGUGGGGUGAGAGAAUGUCAGCAUCCACACAUUUUCCCUAAAAGUAAGUUGCAUCAUGCUCCCAGUUGGGGACAGGGUAACCCUGAGGAGAUUAAAAGCCUCGUUUCAUCAUAUACAUGAUGGAGGAAAUUGGACAAU